GCCCCGUCCCGGCUGGGGCAGGGAUCGUGCCCCCUGGCAGGGACCUGAGCUCUGUGCAGCGAAGCCUGGAGGAACCGGCAGCAAAUCCCUCCCUCCAAACACCGGGACAGUGGCAGCUCCCAGAAAUGGAUCUUUAUACUAACUUGUGGCUACACAGCUCACACUCGUGAGAUACAUCCGAGGAAAGAGGGUGAGUGUGUGAAGAGCCAAACCCUGCUUUCGUUACUGGACUCCUGUGGUGCAUGCAUGAACAGAGGAGGCAAUGGCCCUAGAAUACGACAAAUGCCAAAAACAGAAUGUGACACCUGAAAGAAAGAAAUAGUGUCCACAAAAAAGCUAUGGUGGAAUAACUUGUUCUGCGGUAGCAGUGCCGGCCAACACCCCCGCGUAGACGGUUCCUAGGAGGUGAGCUUUGGGAGCUGGAGUACUAGCUGACCUUCUGAAGUCCCUUCCAGCCCUGCUAUGAUUCUGUGAUGCUCAAAGGUAACAGCAGAUUUAUAAAAUGAAGUUCAUGUGCUUGUCUACAAAAGGUGUUUUGUAAAUUCCCUUUGAGGAUCAGGACUGAGAGAUUGGAGAGAGUGGUCGUCUUGUGAGAAAUGUGCACCCACAGAUAUGCUGAUUGGAAGACUAGUGAAAAGAUGACAUCACAACAAGGGAGAGAGAGUGGAAAAAUAGGUAUGGUGAAAGAAGACCAAAUGACACACAAGUAGUCCUUCUAAAAAUCAAACAGGACCCAGAGGAGAUUCGAAACAGAAAAGUUUUGAGUUUUAUCAUGGAUUAUAAGACUGAUCUGAAAAGAAGACAGCUGCAUAGCUUGACUUUAUUGGAUCAAAUAAAUGGCAUGAAAGAAUUAACACAAAUGAUAGACGUAGUCCUGGUAGCAGAAGGUGAGAAGUUUCCUUGCCAUAAGCUGAUACUGGCAGCUUUUAGUCCCUAUUUCAAAGCCAUGUUUACCUGUGGCUUACUUGAGUGCACCCAAAGAGAGGUAGUGCUUUAUGACAUCUCAGCAGAGAGCGUGUCCAUAAUACUCAACUACAUGUACAGUGCGGAUUUGCACCUCACUCAUCUGAAUGUGCAAAAUGUUGCUGUUGCAGCAUACUUUCUGCAGAUGGAAGACAUUUUCAGUACAUGUGAAAAAUACAUGAUGGACCAUAUGGAUUCUUCCAACUGCGUUGGGAUCUACUAUUUUGCAAAGCAUAUUGGGGCAGAAGACUUAUCUGAUCAAGCUAGGCGAUACUUGUACCGGCAUUUUGCUGAGGUGAGCCUGCAAGAAGAAAUUUUAGAGAUUGAAGCACAGCAGUUGUUGAGUCUCAUAAGAUCAGAUGACCUGAAUGUAUCCCGUGAGGAAAACAUCUUGGAUUUGGUCCUCAGAUGGGUGAACCACAGCCGAAAAUCACGUUCAGAACACCUUAUUGAGCUCCUGAAGCAGGUGAGGCUGGUACUUGUAAGCCCUUCCUUCCUAGUGGAAGCUCGGAAAAGGAACACAGUGCUACUUUGUAAUUCUGAAUGUCAUACUAUGAUUGAGAAGGCAUUGGAAACCAUCAAGAAAGCCAAUCAACCCUCUUUCAGUCUUCGCUACGGCAUGGAGACCACCAGCCUUUUACUUUGCAUCGGCAAUAAUUCCUUGGGUAUUAGAUCAAGACACGGCAGCUAUGCAGAUGCCAGUUUUUGUUAUGCUCCUGCCACAAAAAAGACUUAUUUCAUUUCCUCUCCAAAGUAUGGGGAGGGUUUGGGAUGUGUGUGCACUGGUGUUGUCACUGAGAACAACGAUAUUAUCGUGGCGGGGGAGGCGAGUGCUGCCAAAAUGUCUAGACAAAAGACCAGGAACAUUGAAAUUUAUAGGUAUCACCAUCGGGGAAACCAGUCUUGGGAAAAUUUGUGCACUGCUCAGUUUCGUGAACUCUAUGCAUUGGGCACCAUCCAUAAUGACCUCUAUAUCAUAGGAGGCCAAGCCAAACUGAAAAACCAGUAUCUGGUCACCAACUGUGUUGAGAAAUACUCCAUGGAGCAAGGGAGCUGGAGAAGUGUAGCACCUCUUUCAUUGCAACUGGCUUGCCACGCUGUGGUGACAGUGAAAAAUAAACUCUACGUGAUGGGAGGCUGGACACCCCAGAUGGAUCUCCCUGACGAUGAGCCAGAUCGAUUAAGUAACAGAAUGUUUCAGUAUGACCCAGGCCAAGACAAAUGGACAGAGCGCACCCCAAUGAAGUACUCCAAAUACCGCUUCAGCACAGCCGUAGUCAACAGUGAGAUUUAUGUCCUGGGUGGAAUUGGCUGCCUGGGUCGAGACAGGGGGCAGGCACGGAAAUGUCUUGAUGCAGUGGAGAUUUAUAACCCAGAUGGAGACUUUUGGAGGGAUGGGCCUCCUAUGCCUUCUCCUCUCCUCGCCUUACGAACCAACUCUACUAAUGCUGGCUCUGUGGAAGGGAAGCUCUAUCUUUGCGGAGGAUUUCGUGGAGCAGCUCGACACGAAGUUAUCACCAAAGAGAUCCUAGAGCUGGAUACAUGGGAAAACCAGUGGAAUGUGGUGGCCGUCAAUGUCCUCAUGCAUGACAACUAUGACGUCUGCCUUGUCGCCAGAUUGAACCCACGAGAUCUGAUCCCCCCGCCUUCUGAUCUAGUGGAGCCGUAGAAAUGCAGUUGUUUCUAGUGGCUCCAGAGUCUGCUGCAGCUGAUGAACUCAGAAUAAAGAGAGGGAGGCAGAGCGACAUUGGAACUGGUCUGAAGUGACAGCUGGGUUUUACAGAGAUGGCUCUGUAACCAUGUGCAUAGGCACAGCCAUGCUUUCGAAUGGUGCUUCCUACGGGCAGAUCUAGAAUUUUGAAGAGGGGGGUGCAGAUGUUGAGAUGCAUUCAUAAUGUCUAAAACAACACAUUUUUCUCCAGUUAAAAAGAAACUAGAAGCUUUACUAAUAUGCUAGGGGCCUAGGGCUGCAAAAAUAAGUAUAACUUCAUUGGCAUGAGUUAAAACCAAUCUGCAAGGCUAUGAAAUAGGAGCUUCAUUACCAGGAGCAGCUCGCAGAAUUGCAAAACAAAGGCUUGCUUGAUUGUGGACUAUCAAGACCAUUAAAAAGGAGGGAUGGUCAUUAACAGCUGUGGAAUGAAGAGUUUAGAAGAGAUCAGGUAGCUUAUAAUGAGUCAUGAAGUCAGCACUGCCUGAUUAGAAAUGCUGCUGCUACUGCCAGACUGUUGUUUUUAAACUUUAAGUGGAACAGGAAUCAGAGAAGGGUGCAAGUGCCAGUGUACGCCCCCCGCCCCUCCAAAAUCUGCCCCUGGUGCUUCCCACCAGCUGCUACAUGCCCCAGUACUAGUAUAUCAGACUACUGAAUGACACUAUAGGUUCCCUAGUCUGUUCAGCCUCUGAGCCUGGCCCAGGCACUCUGUAAUGCACUCCUCUAUCCAUCUGCACAAGCUUUCGCUUAGACUGCAUUGUGGAUUGCUGUGAGCUGUAGUCUCCUAGUUGCAACCCAAGGCCUAUUCCAGGGUAGAGCUGCAUAGCUGAAUUGCAAUCAGCAGCAGGUCCAGAGAAAGGCUGAAGGUGCAAACAAAGUGUCAGGAGAAGAUUUUGCCUUGGCUGUACCCCAUGCAGUGUUCAGUGGGGCUAGCAUGGAUGGUAAGGGUGUCUGCUUUUGGCCUCACACAGGUAUAGCUUGGACAGAUAGCAGCAAGCCCUGUGCUCCUACAUAUAAGCAGGGACUGGAGAAGAGAAUAGGCCACAAAACCUUUCACACUGUCUAAGGGCCAGGCAUAGACUAGCUGAGGAGCAGGCUACAGCAAACUGUAACUGUAGCUUAAAGACCCCUUAAGGCAUGCUCAGGGGCCGGUACUGAGAGGAGAAAAGAUUGUGUCUCUUUGCAGUGGUUGACCCUCCUGCACCAGAGUCAGGGAGAAGUCUGACUUCUCCAAGGAUCUGGGCUGCUGCAAGAACCUGCUGUGGAGCCAGAGCCUUACAGCUCUAACAUGGCUGUUUGAAGCCCUUCUUUUCUCUUUAAUUUAAUGUUUGAGAGAAGGACAGGGAAAGGAAUUAAACAAAAAGUAAAAAUAGAACUAAGCCAGUUUUCUUAGCAGACCAGAUUUGGUGCCAUACACAGACCAAGCCGUUGCCAUUUAAGUGAGGCUGUUUUUUAAAUAGAAGCGUGCGUGUGAUCAGAGGUAAACUGUGCUGAGAGAGGGGUGCGACUGUUUCCAUAGGGAAAAGGAGUAGUUCAGACAGAAUGAUUCCUUUAAGCUUCCUCAAGCAGCAUUAAGUAGAGCAGGUUAGAUGACAGCAGCCAGGAGAUGCUCUGAAGUCUCACCCAGUAACAGAGCUCCAGUUUGAAUAAAUAAUGUCCCUUUAUAUGUUCUCUUGUGUCUGCCCUUUGUUUCUGAAUGUCAUUUCCUAGGCUGUUCAGGCAAGAGGGCUGGAAGGUUGAGCAGCUCUCCUGGGCCAAAGCUGCAAUUGAGAGGAUGCUACUCUAAAGAGACAGUGAGAUCAUCAAUGGAGAACGUAUAAAUAUAUUAUAAAGCACUGAAGCAGUCCACAGUUCAUUUCCAGCUAGAGGUUGCCUCUGAGAGUCACAGGGGCAACCGCAAACCUGGAUAGAAGUGAUCAGCAAAGAAAGAGUGAGUCCCCUAAGUAGUGUGAGCACGGUCAUUUGCAGGGCAAGAUUUUCAGGCUGGAGUGGUUUCUCUCUGUGCUCUUCUUGAAUCAUAUAUUUGGUAGCAAAUAUUUCAGCAGUUGAUUUCUCUCCUGUGGUCAUUGCAGGGGAAGUUAGAAAAGAUGACCCAGAAGCCCUUUUUCUAGGACUAAAUUAUCAGAUUCAUCAAUUAUUCCCUGGACUGCCCUGUGGGGCUGUCAACCUGUCUGUAACAACACUCAGUAGGAAGGACACCAAAGUUUUCUCAUUGUGGGCGUGCUUCAUGCAUGUUUUACAACGCUGUAAUUUAGAGCACUUUUUAUAGCACUAUAAAGUGACAGUUCUCUUAAACAUGACAGAAGUGCAGUGUUUGGGGAAGGAGAGUGCCUCUGAGCCUCCCUGCAUUUUCCAGGCUAGGAGGCAGGGGGUCCUAGGCAGCCUCCUGUUGUUUCUCCACUGGUGAGAAAUUUGACCAACAUACAGAAGUUAUUUAAAGCACUGUAGGUUGCUGAAGUGCUGUAAAAUACAGUGCUUCAAAUUUGAUACCUCAUUUAAUAAGGGUUAAUUUAAAACUCUGUGCCCAUUUUUAAAGUGCUAUAAAGUAGAGUUGUGCAAAAGGGCACCGUUCCAUUUCGCCCUCAGUUUCGACGGGUCAACGGAACAGCCUUCCAAUUCGAAUUUCAUUUCAAGUUGAAACAGCUGUUCCGUUCCAUUCCAUUGAAACAGAACGGCUGUUUUGACGCUGUUUCGACGUUUCACUGGGGGAUGGGAAGUCAGUCCAGUUGGGCUGCUUCCCCAUCCCUGGUGCUAGAUUCCCCCCCCAGGGCCGGCGAGGCAGCCCAGGUGGGCUGCUUCUCCAUCCCUGGCACUAGAUUGUGCGGGGGAUGGGAGGCAGCCCAGCUGGGUUGCUUCCACAUACCCCGUGCUAGAUCGCACCAGGCACGGCAAGGCAGCCCAGCUGGGCUGCUGGGGCUGCCUUCCACCCACAGUGCGAUCUAGCGCUGGAGAUGGGGAUCUAGCGUGGGGGAUGGGAAGUCAACAUAGCUGGACUGACUUCCUAUCCCCAGCCUAUGAUCGAAACAUUUCGAAAGUCGAAAUGUUUCGACUAGCCUCAUUUUGUAUUGAGGUUAUUUCAACGGCCUUUGUUUCAUUCCGAUUUUCCUGUUUUGACCUUGAAAUUGGUCAAAACUGUCAAAACGAAAUGGCCAGCGAAAUUUUGCACAGCCCUACUAUAAAGCCGUGCACUUCUGUUAAGUCACGGCAAAGGGCUUUAAAUGGCGAAAAAAGCAACUUCUGUACACACCGUAUACGCCAUGCUGUAUGGAGGGUGACCCGACCAAUUUGUUUUGCUUUGUUUAUAGUAGGAAAAAAAUCUAGGAAAGAAGAAGUGAGGCUGUGAUCCUUAUGACUCAGCUUCCGUCUCCCUGCAUGUUCUGUAGGCAGAGUGCCUUUGACAGUCUAAACACUCGCAGUUGUGUAUGCAUCAUCUCCAUAUUGUUAAAUCACCCUGAUUUCUUUCCCGUGUUGACAUUUAGCUCAUUAAAACUUCAGGGUAGUGUUGUAGCUAAGAUGAGCCCCAGUGGUAGUAAAAAAAGUAGCUGGUUCUUAGGAUCACACCUGGAUGCUCAGGCUUUUAAAUACCUUUUCAGGAAUGAGGUGACAGUAGAGUUUUGUGAGUUAUAAAAAAAGAAAUAGCAGAGAGCACCCACAGUUUCUCAUGUUAAAGUAAAGAACCUUUAAUUGCUUAAGCCUUGCUGUCCCUGCAGAACAAGUGUGUCUGCUGUGUUCAGGCAUGAGAAUUGUUUUUACACAGCUUUAAAGUUCACAGGAAUUGAUACUCCUGAGUCACAAUUCACUCAGGUGGAUAGUUCUUCAAGAGUUGGUAUGAACAGGUCCUGCAGGUUACUUCGAUCACCGCUUCCGCAUCUGCCGAUUUUGUUUCUUUCAUUUUAUUUAUUAACAGCUGAGAAAAAUAAAAAGAA